CAGGAAAGCCCUCACAGGCUGGUGCCCGUGGCCCUGCGGGCAGGAGACCCUGCAGGAAAUGAGUGUGUGCGACGGGCAGGACAGGCUACAGCUGAGCCAGACUCUGUUUGCCAGAGCCAGCUGCCCCUGAGGGCCUCUCCGAGGGGCUCAUCCCCAGGCCGUGCCUCCCCUGGUGUCCGGGGUGAUGGGCACCAUGACCGACUCCCCGUUCCUGGACCUGUGGCAGUCCAAGGCGGCGUCCACCCGGGACCGGCUGGGCAUCAGGGAGCACCCCAACGACUCCUACUGCUACAACUCGGCCAAAAACAGCACCGUGCUCCAGGGCGUCCCCUUCGGCGGCAUCCCCGUCGUCCUGCUCAUCGACGUCAGCUGCUUCCUGUUUUUAAUAUUGGUGUUUUCCAUCAUAAGGAGAAGAUUCUGGGAUUACGGACGCAUUGCCCUGGUGUCAGAAGUGGGCAGCGAGUCCAGAUUCCAGAGGUCGUCAUCGUCUUCCUCCCAAGGGCCUCAGGAUUUUGAGAGUGAUCUGGGAUGCUGCCCCUGGCUUACUGCGAUCUUCCGUCUCCACGACGACCAGAUCCUGGAGUGGUGCGGGGAGGACGCCAUCCACUACCUGUCCUUCCAGAGACACAUCAUCUUCCUGCUGGCGGUGGUCAGCUUCUUGUCCCUGUGCGUCAUCCUGCCCGUCAACCUCUCGGGCAACUUGCUGGAGAAGGACCCAUACAGUUUCGGGCGGACGACGAUAGCAAACCUCCAGACCAACAAUGACCUGCUCUGGCUGCACACCGUCUUCGCCGUCAUCUACCUGUUCCUCACCCUGGGCUUCAUGCGGCACCACACCCAGUCCAUCAAGUACAAAGAUGAGAGCCUGGUGAGGCGGACCCUGUUCGUCACAGGACUCCCCAGACACGCCACGAAGGACGCAGUGGAGAGCCACUUUCGGGACGCGUAUCCCACGUGCGAGGUGGUGGAGGUCCAGCUGUGCUACAACGUGGCCAAGCUGAUCUACCUGUGCAAGGAGAGGAAGAAGACGGAGAAGAGCCUGACCUACUACACCAACCUGCAGGUGAAGACGGGCCAGCGGGCCCUCAUCAACCCCAAGCCCUGCGGCCAGUUCUGCUGCUUCGAAGUGCGGGGCUGUGAGCAGGAGGACGCCAUCGCCUACUACACGGGCAUGAAGGACCGGCUGAUGGAGAGGAUCACGGAGGAGGAGUCCAGGGUCCAGUUCCAGCCCCUGGGCAUGGCCUUCGUCACCUUCCAGGAGAAGUCCAUGGCCAUCUACAUCCUGAAGGACUUCAACGCCUGCAAGUGCCAGGGCCUGCGGUGCAAAGGGGAGCCCCAGCCCUCGUCCUGCAGCAAAGAGCUCGGCAUCUCCCAGUGGACGGUCACCUUCGCCGCCUACCCCGAGGACAUCUGCUGGCCCCAAACUUUGACCUUCCAGGGGCUGAGGACUUGGUGGCGGGGACUGGGGGAGGACGAAACCCCAGCCCCAGGAGGUUGUGGUCUCAACCCGCCCCCCCUGCCCCCCACCCCCCGGGGCCAUGUUUUCCAGGACCCAAUCAUCAGCCAGUUCUUCCCCACCCUCCUCCUGUGGUCCUUCUCCGCCCUGCUGCCCACCAUCGUCUACUACUCCACGCUGCUGGAGUCUCACUGGACCAAGUCUGGGGAAAACCGGAUCAUGAUGACCAAGGUGUACAUAUUCCUGAUCUUCAUGGUGCUGAUUCUGCCCUCCCUGGGCCUCACCAGCCUUGACGUUUUCUUCCGCUGGCUCUUUGACAAGUCUUCCCCGGACACCUCUAUCCGGUUGGAGUGCGUCUUCCUGCCGGACCAGGGCGCCUUCUUUGUGAACUACGUCAUCGCCUCGGCCUUCAUCGGCACCGGCAUGGAGCUGCUGCGGCUGCCCGGCCUCAUCCUCUCCACCUUCCCCCUUCCUGCCUGGCAGCACCUCACUACCUCCUCCUCCUCCUCCCAGAACCAGGCCUUCGAGUUUGAGUUCGGAGCCAUGUACGCGUGGAUGCUGUGCGUCUUCACCGUCAUCAUGGCCUACAGCAUCACCUGCCCCAUCAUCGCGCCAUUCGGCCUCAUCUACAUCCUGCUCAAGCACAUGGUGGACCGGCACAACCUCUGCUUUGCCUACCUCCCGGCCAAGCUGGAGAAGGGGAUCCACUUCGAGGCCGUGCACCAGGCCCUGGCCGCCCCCAUCCUGUGCCUCUUCUGGCUCUUCUUCUUCUCCUUCCUGCGCCUGGGUCUGACGGCCCCUGCCACCCUGUUCAACUUCCUGGUCCUGCUGCUCACCAUCCUGGUUUGCCUGGGCUACACCUGCUUUGGAUGCUUCAAGCACCUCAGCCCUCUGAACUACAAGACGGAAGAGCCGGGGGCUGACAAGGGAAACGAGGCACUGGCCCAUGUGCCCGCUCCGUACACGCCCUACGUGCCCCGGAUCCUGAACGGCCUGGCCUCGGAGAGAACGGCCCUGUCCCCGCAGCUGCAGCAGACCUACGGCGCCGUCCGCAACAUCAGCGGCACCGUCCCGGGCCCGGGCCCACCAGCCGGGCCCCCGGCCCUGCCCCCGGCGUGA